AUGGUGGCGGGGUGUGUGGGGCGCCAGAGUCCAUCGCCGCCCACCUCUGUGCGGACUCGCGUGGGGGCAGAUGCGGGUGGCGAACCUGUGAAGGGGCAGACAGUAAUAUCUGAGGAGAAGUUUGCGGAUGUUGGUGUCUGUGCAAGCACCGGCGUCCCUAUUCGGAUCUGCUACCAGACGUUUGGGCGGCCCGACGCGGCGGGCGGUGCUGUUCUUCUUGUGAUGGGUCUCAUCUCCCCGUCGCUGCUGUGGGAUGGGAAGUUCUGCGCAUGCCUCGCGGCGCGUGGGUACUAUGUCAUUCGCUACGACAACCGCGACAUUGGACGAAGCACGUUUCUUACGAGCCAGAAUGUUGCAUCGUCGUCGACAACAACAACAAAGGGAACCGCUUCUUAUGCCUCCUUUUCUUCUUCUUCUACCGCUGCUGCUGCCGCUCCAGGGGUGAUGGACGAAGGGGAGGAUGAAGGCGAGGUGUGGGAGGGCGGGCCCCGCGUCGCCCCGCUGAGGCGCUCCUGGUUCGGCUUGUUGGACAGCGCGCCCGCUCUCUACGCGCGACUGGCUUACGUGAGCCUCGUACCGGGGCGCCAUCGGAUCUUCCGCGAGGCCUACACGCUUCAAGACAUGGCGAAGGAUGCAGUUGGACUACUCGACGCGCUGCACAUUGCGCGGGCCCACGUAGUGGGUAUGUGCAUGGGCGGCAUGAUUGCGCAGAUCAUGGCGUUUCGGUACCCGGCACGCGUUGCGAGUCUUGCGCUCAUGUCAACGCACAGCAGCUCCCCGCAGACGGUGUGGCCGUCACUGCGUGAGGGGCUGGCGCUAGCGAACUCCGCCGCACAAGUCGCGCGCAACGGCUUUGCGGUGCCGCUCUCUUUACGCGGACGCAAUGGGCGAGCACAGCCGUCACGGCAAGAUGAAGAUGCGCUGGUGCAGAUGCUGGUGUCCCUGUUUGAGCGCUUUGCUGGUGGGGCAGGGUCAGCGUAUCCCAUUGAUUGCGAGGCGUGCGAGCGGCAGCUGCGUCGAAUAGUGCGCCGCAGCUCUGACUUCAGCGGCGCUGUUCGGCAGUACGUCGCGCUGCUGAACGCACCGAGCCGUGUGCCAGAGCUGCGGCGCCUUCACGUGCCCACCACGGUGCUGCACGGGACCAAUGACCCGAUUGUGCCGUACGCCAACGGGCAGCAGCUAGCGGGUAUUAUUCCAAACGCAAAGCUCGUGACCUUCUGUGGACUCGGCCACACCCUGCACCCGGCCCUGCGUCAGCGGAUCGUGACGGCGCUGGUGCGGAAUAUGCAGUUGUCAAAGGCCACAAAGGCAGAACAUGUAGGAGAUGCAAAACUCUGA